UAGAAAAAAUAUAACCUAAAAUUUUUUUGCGGCAUUUUUCAGAUGAUUUUCCAGUUUAAUUUCUUAUUAUUUUCAUAGAAAAGUGUAUUGAUUCGUGGAUCUAAACGAAGUUUAAUAAGCAUCGAAGAGUUUAUCAUUCAGUAAAGACGUCUAGUUAAUUCAAAAAUGGUCGUAGAAGACAUAUUACUAACAUCUUCACAAACAGCCCAACAGUACUCAGCUUGCUUAUGGGAUUAUAACACGAAAAAUGUUCUUAAAUUUUAUAAAAACGGCGGUGUUGUAUCACCAAAAGCUUUGGAAGUUGUUGGACAGUCUUAUAUUUUAAGCAGUGAAGCAACUAAACCUUUAUUACAUGUUUGGCCACUUAAUAGUCAAGAAAUUGAUAAGAGUAUAAAAUUAAUUCUACCUGGACCCGCUACAUGUCUUGCAGUAUGUCCGAGAAAUACGUACUUGGCUGUUGCAAUCGAUACAAGGUUAUAUAUUUGGUUAAUCGCUUCAGGAAAGUUACUCUCUGUACAACAGCGACACUAUCAACCCAUCACUUGUCUAAAGUUUUCUAGUGACAGUGUAUAUGUGGUUGUUAGUGGAGAAGAUGGCAUUUUGGUUGUGUAUUUCCUCGCAGAUUUAAUUGCUAUACAUAAUAAUCUGUUCAGUGGGCAAGUUGAACCAAAAUAUACCAAAAAUGACCAUACAAUGCCUAUUAGGGAUGUCCACAUAGGAGUUUUCGGAAGGCAUUCUCGUGUUGCUACAUGUUCCGUGGACCAAACUGGUUGCCUAUAUAAUUUAUCAACAGGUGAGCUUCUUCUAAGACUGGUUUUUACUGAAUCGCUCACGAGUAUAGUAUUUGACUCACCCUGUUGGAAACUAUACAUAGGAACAAAUAAAGGCUUGAUUAAAUAUUAUAACCUCAAAAAUCCGGCCAGAAAUUUGACGCACCAUGUAGAAAAAACGAUUGAAAACGAAUUUAUGGGGCAUAAAGAAAAAAUUGUUGCUCUAGCUCUGAAUUCGAAGAACACUGUUCUAGCUAGCGGUUCACAAGAUAAUUUUGUUUAUACUUGGGAUAUUUUAAGUAGACAAAUAUUGCAAACCAUCGAACAUAAAGCUCCUAUAACCAAUUUAAGGUUUUUGCCAAAAUAUUCCAACUUUUUUGAGCAAGUUCUCAAGCCAGAAAUCAUUUUUAAACCUCUACAAAGGAGUUUGAAUCUAGAUUCAGAAGAAUGGACUGUUUCGAACGUUCAGACUGAAGAUAUCGAAUUUUCUGAUGAUGAAACCUGUGUGGAGAAAGAAACGUCGCGAAAAAGGUUGGAGGAAGAGAACAUUCGUUUGAGGAUAAUUAACAGCCAGCUCUAUAGAGCUGCUUUAAAUAUUAGUAAAAAAUAUAAUAAUGUAAACGAAACACAGUAAGUAAAAUAUAUAUUUUCUAUAUAAAAU